CCGCCCUUAGUCAUCUGUAGAACGGUUUCCGGGGUGAAAGGUCAUUUUCUGUCGCUUCUGAAGAUGGCUGAGAUCGCGUUGUAGUGUCCAGCUGGUGGUCGCGUUUCGGUCGGUACAAGGAGGCUGUCGGUUCGGCAUCUUCCGCAGAGCUGUAGUCCGUACACUCGCAGCAAUGGCUGCCGUCGGUCUGAAGAGAGAAGGUCCUCAGUUUAUCAGUGAAGCGGCAGUGAGGGGGAAUGCCGCUGUCCUCGACUAUUGCAGAACAUCGGUUUCUGCACUUUCCGGAGCCACUGCCGGCAUCCUCGGCCUCAGCGGCCUGUACGGAUUCAUCUUUUACUUCCUUGCCUCUUUUCUCCUCUCCCUGCUUUUGGUGUUAAAGUCUGGACGCAGGUGGAACAAAUAUUUUAAAUCGAGGAGGCCCCUUUUUACCGGGGGGCUCAUCGGUGGCCUCUUUACCUACAUCCUGUUCUGGACCUUCCUAUACGGCAUGGUGCAUGUGUACUGAGGUCUGCCGUGUGGACCUGCCUUUCAGGAACACUCUUUUUAAAUGGAAUUCACAGACCCCUGCCCAAGAAUGAAUCUGACCCAGAGCGUUCCUUCUCAAUGAAUUCUUCUGCCCGGUUUCUGUUAGUAACUUAUCAGUUAUGUCCUCUUUCCUCCAUUAAACCUGUUCUAGGCUUCUGGAUUUACUCACAUCUUGUCAGAUGAUUCCAUGACAUGUUAAUUCCCAGGAAAGCGAUAUAGAACAGUCUCAACUAUGCAGUAAUGUGUACGAUGGGUCAUGUAUGUAUCCCCAGUGUAAUGUUUCUAGAGCUUCUGCUCACAGUAUGGACCUCAAUCGCUUGGUAAAAUUCUCAGCUGCUACUUCUGUGACUUGACCAGUAUAUCGAAUCCUAGCUGUAUGUGCACAUAUAUGUUAAUUAAAUAAAGCUAUACAAAAGGGGAAA